AUGACUGGUACCGCACUCUCUGCUGAGCUUCCAAGCCUGCUUAGUAUCACCCCUGUCAUCCGUGAUGCAUAUGCCAUCAUCUUAGAAUUUGAGCGAUCUGCCCAAAAUGCCAAAACGUUAAUCUAUGCGAGGAUCCUAGGUUACCUCAUGCUAGAAGGGCCUUCAGACCAAGCUCGUGUAGCUAUUGCACGAGAAGUCAUUUCUUGUGCGGGAAAAGGUGCCUUGGAAACUAAUGGGAAAAUGUACUACGACCAUUACCUUCGCGCAUUCAAAAGAACCAAAGGUCACACUCCCAUCCCCUCCUCGCACGUUUCACGGCCCUCUUUUGACACCUGCAAGGCGAUGAUAUUCGAUAUGUUAGUCGAGGCUCCUCAGGCACAUCAAGAUGCCAAGAAGAAUGCUCUGAUUCGGGACGGCUCUUGCUGCGUUGUUACAGGAAAUUAUGAGCGUUCCAUGGUGGAAAAUAAUCAGGAGCUGGAGAAAAUGGCCGAUGAUGAGGGCAAAGGCUUGAUCGUAACGAAUUGUGCACAUAUUUUCGCUGAAUCCACCAACCUGAAUAUUUCUGGUGAUCAGAAGGGCGGUAUCAGGCAUCACCAUGCUGCUUCCAUGUGGGCUGUCAUGGAUCGGUUUGGCUACAGCCAGAUUCCUUUCGACCUCAAUGGCAGCAAUAUCCAUCGUCUGGAAAACAUUUUGACAUUGGAUCUCUGGUUUGAGCCCACAGGCACACCCAAUACCUACAAGCUCGAGGCACCUGUGACAUUUACAACUCAGGAUACCGAGAAACUUCCACUUCCAUCGCCAGAAUAUCUCAAAAUUCACGCUGCAUGCGCCAGGGUUGCCCAUCUAUCGGGAACUGGGGAGCAUAUAGAUAAAAUCUCAAGUGAGCUCGAAGAUCACAAUGUUCUCUCCGAGGAUGGGGCUUCUGCAGACGCACUCGAACAUGCCCUCUUUCCUUGGAGUCAGCAAAUCCAGGUCUUCUGA